AUGGAAAUAGAAAACGUCAAUGCGUUCCGCGCAUUCAAGGCGUCCAACGGCACCCACUGGACCACUGCCGGCCGACUGCUCUGCGCGUGCGUGUGUGUGUGUGUGUGUGUGUGUGUGUGUGUGUGUGUGUGUGUGUGUGUGUGUGUGAGCGAGAGAUGGAAAAUAACCCAAAAGCUGCUUUUGUGGCAGAGAGGAGAGAAAAUCGUGGCCGUGGAAGGAUGCUGCCAUGGCGAGCUGGACCAGAUCUAUGCCAGCCUCAAGCAGAUUGAGGAAGCGCAAAACUUCAAGGUUGACCUCCUGCUCAUCUGCGGUGACUUUCAGUGCACCCGCAACAAAAGCGAUCUCGAGACCAUGGCCUGUCCUCCCAAGUAUCGCGAGAUGCACGAUUUCUACAAGUAUUUCAAGGGCGAGGCCAAAGCGCCCGUGCUCACCAUUUUCAUCGGCGGCAACCAUGAAGCAAGCUCCUACCUCUGGGAGCUCCCUUUCGGUGGAUGGGUGGCGCCCAACAUCUUCUACCUGGGCCGCACCGGCGUCAUCAACGUCAAUGGCGUGCGCAUCGCUGGCCUCUCGGGCAUCUACAACGACCGUCACUACCAGCUAGGCUUGUAUGAAACACCCCCCUUUUCGGAAGAUGCCAAGCGCAGCAUUUAUCAUGUCCGCGAAUUUGAUAUCUUCCAACUGAGCCAGCUGACGACUCCGACUGAUAUUUUCUUGUCCCACGACUGGCCACAAGGCAUUGCACACUAUGGCAACACGGCCGAGCUCUUGCGUCGCAAGGCGCAUUUCCGAGAUGAAGUUGCCAACAACUCUCUCGGUAGCCCCGCCAGUGCGGCUCUGCUGCAACAUCUUCGACCGGGCUACUGGUUCUCUGCGCAUUUGCAUGUCAAGGUUUUUGAAUGUGGAGCGCCGGUAGCCGCGGGCUCACCUGUCACGAUAUCGCCCGAUGCCGAGUGGUUGACCAUCCUCCGGACCACGAGUCCUCUGCGUAAUGGACAGCGCACGAAUACCACAAUGCCCAUGCCAGGCGGCCCAGAGCGAUUCGAUUAUCGGCCCACUGCUGAGGAAGUAGCGGCCACGCAACAGCAACUGGCGUCGGCACCAGGAUCACCCUACGACUAUGAGGGCUGUGACCACGGCGUGGCCGCCCAUCCAGAUGAUGAUGAGAGCUCAUUUCACCUCAACACGGUAGCGGCUCAGCCACGCUUGAAUCCCUACACGACGCGGCUCUGCGAACUUCUGGAAAUGUCCAAUCCUUGUGCCGAGGCCGUUGAUGCGUUCAAACGUGGUGGUGGGCGCCGAGGGGGUCUGAACCUGCCACAACCCGUGCAUGGUUCCGUGCCUGGUCGGAUGCAAAUGCCCAUGCCUGGCCAGAUGCCAAUGCAGAUGCCCAUGCCCAUGCCCGGGCAGGGGGAAAUGCCCAUGUCUGGCAUGCUGCAACGGCCUGGUCAGAUGCCAAUGUCCCUGCCCGGUCAGCGACCUAACAUGGGAUUCUCGGUGGGCCCAGGCCCGGGUAGCAGUAACCCUGACGCCAUUGACCUGGACGAUGAUGAGGAUGAGGAUGACACCGGUACAUUGCCCCGAUCCACCGUGCCCUUGCCCGAUCCCGCUGCCGCUGACGGAGUCGUGCCCAACGCUGCCGCAGCUGCCAUGCCAGCUCGGGCCACGCCGCACAAUGUCAGCGCCAUGCAGGCCAAUGCCGAUGCGAUUGACAUUGAUGAUGACGACGAGGAUGAAUGA